CUUUCGGCGUUGUUUGAUUAUUUAAUUCGUGUUGAAAGUUAUUGGAAACAGAUAUUAUCAUAGACCCCACGAUCUGAGUUGCAUUGAAUACUAUUUAGCAUCUCUCGAAAUUUGUUUGCAUAGCUACAAGGAAGUUAAACUUUCCCUUUCACGUAAACUGACCAAUGGAAUUACGAUUAUGGGUCGUUUCCUUUCGUAUAUAAACUGACCAAUAGAAUUACGAUUAGGGGACGAUAUAAACAUCCAGGCUGUUUAACGGAUGCUUACUGUGUUAUUUGAAUUCUAGACUUAAAGAAUCGUCUGGAGUAUCAGAUAUGGAAUGGAGGUUUCUUGCAGCUGUAAAACUGAUACAUGCCGUUGUUCAUGCAGACAUUAUCUCUGAGUUUAUGUCCAGGGAUCCUACUUAUGAUGACAGGGCAACCUCAGCGACAAAUGUGAUGGACCAGAAGGAAUUAAAGAGUUUUUUGCGAUGUGCAUCUUAUUGCACCAGGACUUCUGAAUGUAAAUCUGUAAUGUACAACUCCAGAACCCACUUCUGCCAGGUACUGUCAGUUUAUUUGGAUUCAGGGUCUGACAUUGGACCACAAACUUCGACAGGAUGGAACUAUUACCUGAGAAAAAUAGGCAUCCAGACAACAGAAAGUGUUAUUUCUACAACUACCUCUGUUGCUAUGACGACGGCUUUAGAUAUCCACACAACAGAAAGUGUUAUUUCUACAACUACCUCUGUUGACAUGACAACGCCUUUCGAUUGUUCCAUCUGGCAUCCAUACAAUGGUCAUUGGUAUAGAUUGGAUACUAUUCAAAGAUCCUUCACACAAUCACAGACAUUUUGUCAGGUCUUGUUUUCCAAUGCGUACGUCAUAGAAGUGGAAUCACAAGGCGAAAACGAUUGGCUUCUCUCUCUAACCGCAACCCACUGUGGAAAUCCGCACGAAUAUUGGUUAAAUGGAUAUGAUAACGAUGACUCAGGUUCAUUCACUUGGCUCCAUGGCGGAACGAUUUCAAGUUACAAGAAUUGGUAUGGCGGAGAACCGUCAGAAAGCACAGAAAAAUGCAUCGUAUCAUCCACAGGAUAUCUCGGAGUAUGGAAUGAUAUAUCUUGUAGUGAACGAAGACCCGUAGUUUGUGAACGAGACAAUUGAUCCGAGAUGAGACUAAACAAUUUUGUGAACGUUGUUUGACCACUGCUUUAUUCACACUAUAUUUAUAAUGUUACUACAGUUGUUCUAUCAUUAUAUAUCUGUAGUAAUUAUUUCAUAUUAUAAUUUAGAUCUGAUUAAAAACGUCGAAUUUCUAAUAAACUUAUACAGAAAAUAGCUUCUGGCAAAAUCAAAAGUGGUAAAGAACGCAUAUCAAAGAGCUAGAUUAUUUGUAAUCUAUCAUUUUAGACUUCAUUCACACCGUUAGAAUAAUAAGUUAUUUGAUUUUCAAACCCUAGAAAUGUGGGUUAUUUUACAACGUUGAUACGCCAACAUGAUUUUACACAGCUACAUAACAAUACCCACAUUAAAAGGUAACUUGGACGUCACAAUGCCAAUCCAACCAAUUACGUUGAAGAAAACAUCCGUGACUACUCCAAGGCUGUUCCAACAUGUUAACUGACAAGCACAGGGAAUUCUAGGAAGUGUUAUAUUUCAUUGUUAUAUUUCAUUGACAAUAUCUUCAUAGUCUAAUAAAAACAGCAUUGGAUUAA